AUGGAUGACGCCAUAAGGGCGCGUCGCAUCGACGACGGGGAUAUGCAAGUUGCAUUUGCCCAGUCAAAUCUGGCAGGACGUGCGAAGACAUGGGCACUGGGGCUCAAGUCGCACGACCCACAUGCGUUUGGGUCGUUGCAAGUCUUCAAGUCGCGGCUCAGACAAACGUUUGAACCGCCUAGAGCUGAGUUCAGGGCUCGAACCGAACUCUUGAAGCUCAAGCAGGGUAAGCGUGAUGUGCACGCUUACGCUCAACAUAUACGACAUCUCACGAGUUGUAUAAGUUCCAACCCGGUGGAUGAACACACGUUGGUUUCGGUGUUCAUGCAGGGUCUUGCGGAUGGUCCCGUCAAGACUCACCUGUUCCGGCUUGAACUAGAUUAA